AUGUUGGAAGCUCCAACUCAAGCUCAAGGGAAGAGUUUAGUUUCAGCCAUUUUUAUCUUCGGAGACUCAACAGCUGAUCCUGGAAAUAAUAACUACAUAACAACUCCUUUCAAGAGUAAUUUCUCACCUUAUGGGAGGGAUUUUGCUAAUCAUGUUCCAACUGGAAGGUUUACUAAUGGAAUGCUUGCUAGUGAUUUCUUUGCUAGGUAUGUUGGUGUGAAAGAAUAUGUGCCUCCAUAUUUGGAUCCAAGUUAUUGAAGAGCUCAAAAUGGAGUUAGUUUUGCAUCUACAGGAACUGGAUUUGAUCCCCUCACACCAACAAUCAGUGUAUUAAUUCUAUCUAUCUCAGUUCCCUCCCUUGCACCAUAUUUCCUUUUCAAAGCCCUACUUGUGUCUUAGAUAUGGGAGCUUUUAUAAUAUGAAUUUGCUCUAGUGUAAAAAUUUCACAAUGUCUGUGUGAUUUAACAUGUUAUAACCUUUGC